AUGCGCUCAAUUUUACUUUGUGUAAUCCUACUUGUGUCUUCAUGCAGCGCACAAUUUUAUUUCCACCAAUCAGCGCCCUUGCCAUAUCAAUCACUUCAUUAUCCGCGAUAUACCUCACCACCACCCGAUUUUAAACCCAUCUCAGAGCCAAGCCAGGAGAGCUAUGCCCAUCCGGCGGUUAUAGCCAAUGCGGAGCGAGAAGCUCAACUGCCACCGGAACUAUCGAAAAGUCGACGUUUCUACAGCAAUCCUCAUAUCGCAGCUGCUCUCGCCAAAGAGUCACUGCUGACAUCCAAGGAGAUGCCGGUGCUCAAUCGUGAAGCAGAGAAAAUUGAUCGCAAUGAAAUUUAUAAAAUUUUCCAUAAUGCAGGUUGGGCGAGAAGAAGAUAAAGCGAGAUGAGAUUAAUAUAGAUAGCUUUUCGUGGUUCUAAAAAGAGUCGUGCUUAGAGCAAGUUGAUUUUGUUGUUGUG